CAAAAAGCCUUGUUCUGGCCUAUCGAUCAGAAGGUAGCUGUAAAUAUAGAAAUUCUCUCUAUGCUCUCUUAGAUAUGUGUUUACCGUUUCGAUGGCCUUGCUGGCACUCCUCAAUAUGAAAACUCCCAAGCUAUCUUUCUUUUCUGCUCAUAUGUUGAUCAUAGGCCUCACCUACAAGUAUGACAUCUCUACUUCGGAAUCACAACGUUCUAAUGAUCACCCACCGGCCCAGGCCUUCAAGUCCAAGAUCAAGGAGGACGGUUUCUGGAAGAAAUUUGAUUGGUGGUUGAUGUGCGCUUUGGUUAUCCCAGUUAUACUCGAAACGUUAGACUAUACAGUUGUCGCCACUGCGCAACCUCGAAUUGCAGUGAGUGUCAUCUAUAUUGGUACAUCAUACCUGUUAGCAUCAACAGUUUUCUUGCCCUUCUUUGCAUCCAUUUCUGAUAUCUAUGGCCUCCAUUUUGGACUUCAAUUGUCUCUUCUAUUCUUCCUCGUCGGUAGUGCCUUCAGUACAGGAGCUGUCAACAUGACAAUGCUCUUGGUUGGCAGAGGAAUAGCUGGUAUUGGAUCUGCUGGUUUGUUGACAAUCGUGCGGACAAUAAUGUCAGAUUCGUCCUCACUGGAUACGAACAAUAUACAGCAAUCUGCUACGUUCUUCUUGUAUGCUCUUGGUUUUUGUAUAGGCCCCGUCAUUGGUGGUUUCCUAGUCACGGCCAGCUUCCGCUGGGUAUUUGCGAUCAAUAUUCCGUGUGCUGUUCUUGCCAUGGUUCUGUGUUUCUUUUUGCUUCGCAAACGUGUUAAAGGAGCCAAGUCAUCUGAGGAACUUCCAGGUUCCACCAAAUCUACGACAUGUAUGACAAAGCUAGCCCUCAUCGACUGGAUCGGGACGUUUCUCUUCAUUAUUGGAGGCACCCUCAUUCUGCUUGCGCUGAACUGGGGUCCCGAUGACAACUGGAAGACUGUUCGCGUUAUAGUCGGCCUGGUUAUUGGUGUCAUUGUCUUUGUGGCCUGCAUUCUUUGGGAGGUCAUCUUGGAGCGAAAGCACCAAGCUUCAGCCGUGGCAAUUUCGGCGCUUCAUCAUGUGCAGCCCAUGCUGCCUCUCGAACUCUUUCGGUCCUACAACAUCUGCGUCUUGCACUAUGGCAGCUUCGUGUCCGGCAUCGUCAUGUUUGUGAUAUUCUACUUUGUCGCAAUAUUUAUGACCGUCGUCUCUGGAUUGCCACCCGAUCAAGCCGGUACACAACUUCUUUAUUUUGCUCCUGGCCUAGGAGGAGGUAGCCUGAUUUCCAUUCAGUUGAUCAAGCACUUCAGACAACCGAUCUAUCCAAUCGUUGCUGGAUUGAUUGUCAUGACCGUUGGUUUGGGUCUCAUCCAGACGGGCAUGCAGAAGAACGUGCAAGGGCUUGUUAAUGGUUUCAUGUGCAUGACAGGUUGUGGGGUCGGUCUUACAGCUGGCCCUAAUGUCAUUCAAGUGCGCUUUUUGAUGCCAGAUCAUGUCGCCGCAACUAAUGCCUUGUUGCUUUUCUUCCGCACCCUCGGUGGAACUGUCGGUCUAGCACAGUGUUUUACUGUCAUGAACGCUAAAGUCGAUUCCUACGUCGUAGAGCAAAUACGAAGCGGUGCUAUCUCAGGCUCUGCCCUCGAUGCCCUUGGAGCGCUCUACAACAGUGGUGGCCUCGACUCCAUUCAGUCGCUCGAAGGUCUGCCGCCUGUGUCGCAGCAAAUCAUCCGUGAUGCGUUCAGGGACGGUGUCCGUUGGAGCUUCAUCUCCCUCAUUCCUUGGGCUAGUUUGGCAGUCAUUCUGUCCUUGUUCCUUUCUACGAUCCCUGAUCCUGAUGCUCGGGGGACUGAUCAUGACAAAGAAAUGGAACUACCAGAACCUGACGAGACGCGAAAGCUUUCCUAUAAGCUAGAGGGUGACGAACAUGCUGUGCCCAUUCAACAGCAGAAUCGUUAA